AUGGAACCAAUGGACAAGACGGGUCAAUGGUUACAGGAGACUUCGAAGCCAAUCCGCCCCCUGACAAACAAAGAGGCAACCGCGUUAUCAACUGUGAAAAAAACACCGAACUCCAUAUUCAAAUGGGCAGCCAAUACCAAAAACAGGAGAAAAGAGACACAUCUUCCUACAUUGUUCGAACGGAGGGAGGAUACUGAUUUUGUACAGGAACAAUAUCAAGCAUGUCUUCGCGAUUUUAAUACACUGAGCAACGUUUCUUCAUUUACACAGACAACCCAAAGUGACAACUACGACAAGAUCGCCGAAGUCACAGACGAUAGUGAUAGUAUUACAUCUCAGAAACCAUUACACAAAAUAUGGCAAAAAAAUGUGGUAUUUGUACCCGAGGUAAUCCCUUGCCAUAUAACUGGUAUAUGCAUGUUGCCUGAAGGCAGCCUUACCAUUGUUGACCAGGAAAACUUCAGAGUUAAGCAGUUUGAUCCACAUUUGAAUUAUGUCUCUUACCAUAAAGUUUUCGAGCAUCCCUGGGACGUUUGCCCGGUGGAACAUUCUGACAUGGCUAUAGGGGUGUUCCAAUCUAACGUCAGGCAGGAGAUUCACGUCAUGUCAGGUGACCGCGUGUUUGUAUGUGACAGCUACACCCACGCUAUCCUGGAAGUUGAUAGACAAGGAAAGCAUGUGUUAGGAACAGUAGGCUCUGCUGUCGAUCCUAGGGCAAUUUGGUUUGAUGAGCGAAACAAUCGGCUCUUAGUGGGACAGAAGAAGGACAAUGUUUUAAUCAUUUCUCUACAGUGA